GCCGACACCGAUUCAUAUCGCCGGCGGAUAUACAGAUCUCCUCCACCUCACAAUAUCCGAGGAAUAUAUAAACUUUGCCAACAAAUCUACGUUUUUGCUCAUUGACUUCGAAAACUGCUUAGCUAUAAGUCAAAAUCCCCAUUUCUCGAUCCCUCAUCUUCUCUUACCAUCUCGACAAUGGCGGCCACCACAGGUUCCGAAAUGAAAUCGGGUUCGUUCAUGUCGGAGAAAUCAGCUAAGAUCUUUGUCGCUGGACACAGGGGAUUGGUUGGAUCCGCCAUCGUCCGCAAGCUCCAGGAUCAGGGUUUCACAAAUCUCGUCCUUAGAACCCAUUCCGAGCUUGAUCUCACCAGUCAAUCCGAUGUUGAAUCCUUCUUUGCUACAGAGAAGCCAGUUUAUGUGAUCCUAGCUGCAGCUAAAGUCGGUGGGAUUCAUGCCAACAACACAUACCCAGCUGAUUUCAUUAGUGUCAAUCUCCAAAUCCAGACCAAUGUGAUCCACUCUGCUUAUACGCACGGUGUGAAGAAACUCCUCUUCCUCGGCUCAUCUUGCAUUUACCCCAAAUUCGCUCCUCAACCGAUUCCUGAAUCCGCUCUUCUCACUGGUCCUCUUGAACCGACUAACGAGUGGUACGCCAUUGCCAAGAUUGCAGGGAUUAAGAUGUGUCAAGCUUACAGGCUUCAGCAUCAAUGGGAUGCCAUCUCCGGUAUGCCCACCAAUCUCUACGGUCCAAAUGACAAUUUCCACCCGGAGAAUUCCCAUGUGCUUCCUGCCCUCAUGAGGAGGUUCCAUGAAGCCAAAGCCAACAAUGCAGAUGAAGUUGUGGUUUGGGGAAGCGGUAGUCCGUUGAGGGAGUUUUUACAUGUUGAUGAUUUGGCUGAUGCUUGCGUUUUCUUGAUGGGUCGAUACAGCGGAUUUGAGCAUGUUAAUGUAGGCAGUGGUAUCGAAGUGACGAUCAAAGAAUUGGCUGAGUUGGUGAAGGAAGUUGUUGGGUUUGAAGGAAAGCUUGUUUGGGAUUGCACCAAACCGGAUGGAACACCGCGGAAACUGAUGGACAACUCCAAGCUCGCAUCUUUGGGAUGGACUCCGAAGAUUUCUAUGAAAGAUGGUCUCUCCCAAACUUAUGAAUGGUAUUUGGAGAAUGUUGUGCAGAAGAAGCAGUAAAAAACCGCCCAAACUCAACGCUAUUCGUUCUCUGUACACGUGAAUGUUUAUGCGUUUGCGUUUUGGUUCUAUACAAAGCUCUCUCUCUUUAAUGUAAUUCUAUUAUAUUCAUGGAUUUUAAACCCGUGCAAAUUCAGCAAACUUUAUAUUGGAAUAAUCUAGCGGGCCAAACUUUUCUUUAUUUGUUUUAAA